AAAAUCAUAAAAAUCCCAUAAAAACUUUUACUUGUUAUGUGGAGCUCAACUAAAUUAGCAAAGUGGUGUAGGGUAUCAUAAAAUCGGCCCGCCCGACUUUAGGACUUUCUUUGCUGGUUUUUAGACAAAUCCGUGAAAAAAUUUGGUAAAAAUCAAAGAAAGAAGCGAGCAAUGAGCAUUCUUAACAGAGCACGCUUUUUAUACCCUUCCCAUAUGGCUACAUAGAGUAUAUAAUCAUUUGGCCAAAACGUGCCUAAUUGAAAUAACGGUUUAGACCCUAAGUAUCUUUGGACCAAAUCCAUUUCAGGACAUUAGGAAUCGAUCUAGAAGAAUCCGUCCGUCUGUCUGUCUGGCUGGUGCGCACGAUAGCUUCCGAAGUUAGUUACCUUAUUUGGUCCAUACUUGGUAUAUUGUAAUAUUAUUAUCAAACUUACAACGAGUCCUUCUGGUACCUCCCCCUGAGGUCAUAAUUUUCACAGAAAAUAAUUCACCAUAUAGAAAAAGGGAGAAUCAUUCAAUUAAUUGCAAACUGUACAAAUCCAAAUAUUUUCUGAUCAGUGCUUAUUGCAGUGUAAAUAUAAAAUAUGGGCACACUCCAUCAAGUACCUCGCUUACAACGGAUCAAAGUUGAGUCCAUUGUCUCCAAAUUUCACACAUUUCAGUAUUUCAGCCAACACAAGAUGUAACGUGAAGAUGGGAUAUAUCGACCCACUUCUUCUGAUACCUCCCCCACAAAGGGUCAACAUUUUGAAUAACCAUAAAGCUCAUAAAACUCGAAAUGUGCAUCCGAAUUCUUUCAAACUCUUUAUUUAUUUUAUUUUUAUUUCUUAUAGGCAUCUUAUUUAGGAGCCGAUAAUAUAGAUAGUAUUGAUAUUUCAAAAUCAUUUUUUUGCCAACUAAAAUUUUAAUUUUAACAACAUUACAUUUUAUUUUCCGUCUUUAAUUUUAGAAAAACACACUUUUCUAAUUCUGAAACUUCAAAUGUAUAUUUUCAUUGCCUUUGAAUAAGUUCUUAAUUCUAAAAUCUAUUAUUUCCCCUUUAAUAACAAUUUAUGAAAGCUGUUCUCCAUUUGUCGCCAUAAAAUAUUUAAAAAAAUUCCACCCAUCGCCACUUUUCAGGCACACAACCACUGUGCCCCGAUCACAACGGUGAGAGAGAGUAUAAAGAAAGUUGCUGUCUGACGUUUCAGCUUGCGAAAAGCUUGAACUUGUUGCAGUCCAAGUGAAAGAAGAGAAAUGCUCAUAGCUGACAUGAAAGCUUACUCCCGAAAGUUUUCGACAAGGGCGACAAUUGAACAAGCUCGCUCUUUGACUGGCUGGCUAAGCGCUGUCUGGUCUGACUGACUGACUGGUUGGGAGAAAACUGAAAAUACAACAAAACUCAAAAUAAAAAUAUUUAUGAAAACAAAAAAGAAAUAUAUGUUUUGGUUUUGUUGCUUGUUGCUGUUGUUGUUACGGCUGCUGUUUUAUCUUUCUACGGCGUCACUUAACUCUUUCUCCCAGUUUGGGUGUACAUACAGUGAGAGCGAGAGAAUUUUGGUUAUAAUGCGGUUCUGUUGCUUUAUUUUGUUGUUGUUUAUAAAGUUUUUUUUUGUUUUGUCAAGUUGGGUUUUCAAAUUCCCUCUGCAUAAUAAGGUGGUGGGCUAUCUGCCUGGCCAAGACUUGUGUAUUACCACACACAGAAAUAUGCAAACAGACAUACGAACACGUUGCGCUUCUGUAGUGUGAACCGCCGUUUCUGUUGAACUUUUACGGGAUCGAAGAGCUCACUCUGCAAACGUGUGGCAAUGGUACCGGUAGUAUUAACGGAAAUCGGUCGAAAUAGUGCAACUUGUUUAACGGGCUUUUAAAUAAUUUGAAAAUUCAAAAAAAAAAAAAAAAAUAAAAUAAAUAAAUAAUAAAUAAAAACAGCAAAAAGAAAAUUUUUGACAAUUGCAAAAUCAAUCAUUUUUCGUUUGCAGUGGAAAUUCAAAAAAAAAAAAAAAAAAUAAAUAAAUAAAAACACACACCCACAAAGCCUUGCAAUUGAAGAGAAGAAAAUUGUGCGACAACGGAACAAGCUUAUCUAAUAAAAAAAUAAUGUUUGAGUACAUUUAGUAUGAUUAUAGCUUAUACAUAUCUAUAUAUGGCGAAAGCAUAGAAAGAGUAACUGAAAUAGCAAAUCUGUAUCAAAACGACAUUUAAAAUCACAAAAAAUACAAAUAAAUAAAUAAAUAAUUUUAGAAAGAAAAAAAAAAAAUCACUAUAAAAUUUGUUUAUUAUUAAUGCUUAACUGAUUAAAGUACAAAAUAUAUGUAUAUACAUGUUGAACAACGGAGCGAACGUGUUUUUGUGAAUGAAUUUCUAUCUGGCCAAAAGUUCUGAUGUUUAUUUCCGACUUGUUGCUUAACCAGAUUUAUGCGUGAUCUAUCAAUGAGAAUGGAUUAUCAAUUGCCACCGCAAUCAUUACAGCUGGGCUCGUUGAUGAAUGGCCCAUUGGCGGCAGCGGCAGCUGCACAACACAAUGGAGCGCAGCUACAAAUAUUGCAACUGAAUCAGCAUCAUCACAAUCAGCAGCAGCAGCAGUUACAACAGCAACAACAACAUCAACAACAACAAAAUAUCAAUAAUCAACAGCAACAACAUUUGCUUAAUCACAUGAACAACAAUGUUAACAAUAACAGUGGCAACAACAACAGCAGCAAUAAUGGAUCUACCCAACCCUUACCGUCUUUAAGUUCUUUACCUCUGCAAGUAAUGCAUAACUUGCCACAUUUAUUGGCUGGCAGCAAUGCUGGUGGCAUAGCUGGUGGAGGUGGAGGUGGUAGUCUUUCCAGUAGUCCCUCCAGUAACGGCAGCAGCCUUAAUUUGCUCAACAACAAUUUAAAUCUUAGCCCCAAUAACAACAACAGUAAUACAUUAAAUGCCAACAACAACAAUACCCACCCAACCAAUAAUCACAGCAACAAUAAUGUUGCAACUCACACAUUGCUGCGCAACACCAUGCAACAUGUGGCCAAUGCCAAUCAGCAGCUGCAACAAACCAUAAAUAAUCUUAGCAAUAAUUUGGUCUCAUCACUGCCGCCAAGUAGUCAGUUGUUGCAACAUCAUUUGCAACAUUUGGCCAAUGUCAAUAAUGCGGUGGUCCAAUUGAAUGGCAACAACAGUAGCAGUAAUAGCUCAUCACCGUUGAGUAAUGGCAGCAAUAACAGUGGCAUUAACAAUAACAAUAUGUUAUUAAAUAACAGUGGGAACAAUAACAACAACAGCAACAGCAACAAUUCCAACACCGCCUCCACCACCAACAGCAGUAACAAUAAUUUAGCCCAGCAUCUCAGCGAUAAUGUCGUAGCCCAUAAUCUGGUCAAUGGUUUGGUGGGAGUUUUAAGCAAUGUUCAAAAUCAGAAUGGUAAUUUAGCCAACAAUAACAACAACAACAGCAAUACUGUGAAUAAUCUCAAUAACAACAGCAACAAUAGCAAUAAUGUGAAUUCCAACAACAACAACAACAAUAAUAAUAACAAUCCAAAUACCCCCAAUCUCGAGGAUAACAAUCGCUGGACACAAUUUCAAGUGCAACAGCUGUGGAAACAGCAUGCCUCCUAUUUGAAUGGUAAAUCCACAUCGAAUAGCAAAGAGGUAAUUUGUCCCGAUGACAAAUAUAAAGAAGAAGGUGAUCUCUGGAAUGUUGAGGCUCAGACCGCAUUUUUGGGCCCCAAUCUGUGGGAGAAAACUCUGCCCUACGAUGCUGAUCUUAAGGUAACACAAGUUAGUAUCAUCACCAUCGCUCGCUCUGUAGUGGCUGCGUCAGUGUUUUCUUUUUUCUUAGUCAAAAUACAUAUACUUAUUGUUGUACAUAUAAUUUUUCAGUAUAAAAUAUGGAUAUGGAUGGCGGAACAAAAAGAACAAAAGGUCAACAUACCCAUAUUUUAUGCUCAUCAUACAGUUGUGGUCAUAAAAAUAGCAAACAGUUGGAAUACAAUUUUUUUUUUAAGAUUUAACACUAGCAAAAUUACCAUAUGCUAAAUGUGUAAAAAUUAA